UAUUUUGGACAUAAAUACGACAACAUGGGCGAAUUUCUAAAUCAAACUACAGCAAUUAUUGGAGUCAUUCCAACAGCAAUUUUCGAUUUGAUACAAUAUUUUUUGCCUCGAGAUUCUGGUCAACAAGUGGUUGAAACGUCCCAGGUCAAAGAUGAAGACAACAAAAAAAUCGUUAUCCUCUUUCAAAAUGAGAACCCACCAGUUUCUUGCUCAAAAAGAUCCAAUAUUUCUCUCGUCGAAUCGCUAUUGAAUGAAGAGUCUGAGGGUAUUAGUCAAGUUAAUGAAUCUUUGAACCAUGACAGAGAAAUUAGUGGGACCAAAACGUCAAAUUCACUGACAAAGUUUAAAAAAUUGCGAUUACAAAUGAUUACUGAAUAUCUUACGGUAGAACUCGAAAAGAGAAAAAGGGAAGGAAAAUCUCUUUACAACAAUGAGGCCAUUGUAAAUUUUUUGAAGUAUAUAUCAUCACAUAAUGACAAGCCAUCGAAAAUAACUUGCAAAAUCAUUGCAUCCCUUAUACAAGAAUAUAAAACUGAUCAAGGAUAUGUAUAUAAAGAACUACCUUGUGAAAGAAAUAAUUCUUGUAAUGAAGAUGAAAAGAUAUUGCUGGAUAAAAUAAAGGAACUAGAACAUAGAGAGUCCAUUGAUAAUUAAAUAUUUUUUAUUGUCGACACCAUUCGUCCUAUUAGUUGUAAAUAAAAAUUAAUAACGUGUAUUAAAUAAAAA